AUGCAAAUCAGAGGUCCUAUUCCAUGGCACCAAACCGCUAUUAUUCAAAGACAUCAGAUAAGGCAAAAUUUAUACAUUUUUAAUGAAUCUAUUUUAAUGUUGAAUACUAUAUGGGAAAAGUAUUCUAAAGGCUAUAUUUUUUCUAUAGAAAAUUUAAAAGAAGAAGGUUUGCCUAUGAAACCAAGUUCUCUACAAGAGUUUUUGGAUAAAUCAUGUGGGCAAUUUCGGAAGAAAUUAUUAAAUGAGUGGAUUGUGGAAUGUGCUGAGUUAUUUCUGAAAAUAAAAGAAAGUUAUCGAGAUUUAUUAGCAAAGCAUGGAAUAAAUGCAAUUAAGGAUAAAAUUCAAAAGUUUUUUGACUGUGUUGCAACUCUCAUGUCCAGGCAGUUGAGACAAUUUGUAUUUAAGUCUUUAAAACAUUUUAUGAAGAAAAUACUUGAAUAUAAGGACGGAAAUGCAAUAGAUACUGAAUUUAAAGAAAACAUGUUCAUUAAUCUGCCGUUUAUUAUUCUACGAGCAGUGGUUCCUAACCCUAAUUCAAUUCAAAUAUCAUUUGAACCUACGCGAGAAGAAUGUUUAAAUCUUUUAUUGUCAAUCCCGAAAAAAAUAAUUAAAACAGUACAAGAUAUACCAAGAGUUGAACAACUGUUAAUGAAACAACUCAAAGGUGAUUCUACUAUGGUAUUAAAAAACAUUGACGAAUCUGAAGAGGAUGUUCAAAAUAUGUUAUUUGAAGUUCGUAAUGUUCUAGAAAACAAUUUUUCAGGACCAGAAACUUACAUAAAAUAUUAUAAACCCUACUACUAUUUGUUAAAUGGCACUGAAACAAAAUCCUUCAAUAAAUUUUUUUCAAGUGAUCCAUUUCCAUUAUUGGCUGAAUUCAAUGAAUGGGGCAUCAAGUAUAUGACUAUAAAUGCAGAUAUCAUUAAACUUAGAGAUCGAGUGGAAUUAAAUUUAAUAAAAUUAGAUGUAUCCGAGGUUAAUACAUAUUUAAAAAAUAUAGUUAAGAGUUUGAAUAACAAAAUUCUUGACUAUUUUAUGGAUCUAACUCGGCAAAAUAUUUCUGGAAUAAAUAGUGCAUUUGAGGUUAUGUCUACCAAGUUAUCAGAAACACCUGAGACUACUGAAGAUUUAGUAGAACUUAGUAAUUAUGUAACACUAAGCCGGGAUUCUACUUUAUCAAAAAUAAAAGCUCAACUGAGGGUUGUCGGAGAAUACAUAAUGUUUCUUUUUGAUUACACGUUGUUCAACAUCGAUGAUAUAAAUUUGCAAUCACGAGUAUAUCGAUGGCCUCAAGAGAUUGAACAGUUUUUAGAUAUAGCCACAAAUAGAGUUGUUCAAAAGAAAGCGGUAGUUGAAAGCCAAUUAAAAACUAAAAAAACUGAAUUUGAAUUUGAUCUUAAAAGUCACCACAAACUAUUGGAUCAUUUAAAAAAAAAAGAUCCACCAAUAUUAACUGAUGAGGAAAUCAUAUCAGCAACUGAAGAAGUUGAUCGUCUUUCUAAUUUCCUUAAAGAAGAUAUUGCUAGCAUAAAUCACACUCAAAAGCUAUUGGAUGUCGAAAUUACACCAUAUACUUAUCUUUAUUCUAUGGUUGCAACUAGUGAGCAAUUUGACCGUUUGUGGCACAUUGCUUAUGAUUUCCAAAACUAUUAUGAAGUAUGGUUCAAUGGGCCAUUCUACGAUCUGAACGCUAAAGAAAUAAAGGAUACGGUGGAUAGUAUGUGGAAAAACCUAUAUAAAUUAGCUAGAACUCUUCAAGAUUAUCCCGGGUCAAAAAGAGUAGCAGAAAUUAUGCGUGGUCGAGUAGAUGAUUUCAAAAAGUAUUUACCAGUAUUAGAUACAAUUUGUAAUCCGGGUAUACAUGAUAGACAUUGGAUGGAGAUUAGUAAAAGUGUUGGUGUAGAGUUGCAUUCUAAUGAAACAUCAACUUUGUCUCAAAUGAUUGAAAUUGGUUUACUGGAUCAUAUUGAAAAACUCGAAGAAAUUAGUGUUAUUGCAACUAGAGAAUAUUCUCUUGAACAAAAUCUUCGAAAAAUGAAAGAAGAAUGGAUACCUAUUGAGUUUGAAUGUAGCCCAUAUCGGGAGAGUGGAGUUAGCAUAUUAACGGCGUUAGAUGACAUUCAAGUUAUGUUAGAUGAUCAUAUACUGAAAGCUCAAACAAUGCAUGGAUCGGUUUAUAUAAAACCUUUUGAAGAAGAAAUGGAUACAUGGGAAAAGAAAUUAAUUAUGAUGCAAGACAUUUUAAAUCUAUGGAUCUCAGUGCAAGGGAUUUGGAUGUAUUUAGGUCCUAUAUUUAGUUCAGAAGAUAUUAACCGGCAGAUGCCCGAAGAAGCUAGAAAUUUUAGGAUAGUAGAUGCUAUUUGGCGUCAUAUUAUGAUUCAUACUGUUAAAAAUAGUAAUGUCCUCGAAGCUACAAAUUAUCCAAAUAUGUUACAAUUACUAAAAAAAUGCAGUGUUAUGUUUGAGCAGAUACAGAAAGGAUUAAAUGAGUACUUGGAGAAAAAACGUCUUUUCUUCCCGAGAUUUUUCUUUUUAUCUAACGACGAACUUCUCGAAAUUUUGUCCGAAACCAAAAACCCACUACUGGUGCAACCACAUCUUAAAAAAUGUUUCGAAGGAAUUGCGAAAUUAAACUUUACAAAAAGCGUAGAAAUUGUGGGAAUGAUAUCAGCUGAUGGUGAAGUAGUAGAAUUUAAUGGAAUAAUAUAUCCCGCGGAGGCUAAGGGUUUAGUAGAAAAAUGGUUAAUCCAGGUUGAAAUUUUAAUGAUGCAGUCAAUAAAAAAAAUUAUUAACGAUGCAGUAAAAAAAUACGCUAAUACUAAUCGGACCGAAUGGGUACUUCAGUGGCCAGGCAUGGUAGUUUUAUGUGCUGCAACAAUAAAUUGGACUGCCGAAGUAGAAACUGCUAUUGAAAAAAGAACGCUUCCUGGCUACUUACAGAAAAGCAAUAAUCAAAUAGACAAUUUAGUAAAUUUAGUGCGUGGCACACUAGGCAAAGGCGAAAGGGCAACGGUGUGUGCUUUGAUAGUUAUAGAUGUUCACGCUCGUGACGUUGUUAAAAAUCUUAGAGCUCUGAAAAUAAGCAGUGUCCGUGAUUUUAAUUGGAUUAGUCAACUUAGAUAUUAUAAUAGAAAUUCAAAAACCACUGUGUCGAUGAUAACUACCACUUUAGACUAUGGAAAUGAAUAUUUAGGCAAUACACCAAGAUUGGUAAUUACUCCGUUGACAGAUCGUUGUUACAGAACACUUAUGGGCGCAUUAAAAUUAUACCUUGGUGGCGCUCCAGAAGGUCCAGCUGGUACUGGAAAAACAGAAACUACAAAAGAUUUAGCCAAAGCAAUAGCCAAACAAUGUGUCGUAUUUAAUUGUUCUGAAGGACUUGAUUUUAAGGCUAUGGGCAAAUUUUUCAUGGGAUUAGCACAAUCUGGAGCAUGGGCAUGUUUUGACGAAUUUAAUAGAAUUGAACUUGAAGUGUUGUCGGUUAUUGCUCAGCAAGUGUAUAUUAUACAAAUGGCGAUAAAAGCUAAAAAGGAAAAAUUCAUGUUUGAAGGCACAGAGUUAACAUUAAAUCCCACUUGUGCAGUUUUUAUAACUAUGAAUCCCGGGUAUGCUGGACGUCAAGAACUACCCGAUAACUUGAAAGUAUUGUUCCGCACAGUCGCUAUGAUGGUACCAGAUUACGCCAUGAUUGGAGAAAUAUCAUUAUAUUCUAUGGGUUUUAGUGAUGCUAGAAGUUUGGCUGAAAAAAUUGUUGACACAUAUAAGUUAUGUUCAGAACAAUUAUCGUCUCAAUCACAUUACGAUUACGGUAUGAGGGCAGUAAAAUCUGUAUUAACAUCAGUUGAAAAUUUGAAAAUUAAAUAUCCUGAUAGCAACGAAGAACAAAUUGUACUAAGAGCUAUAUACGAUGUCAAUAUGCCAAAGUUUUCAUCGGAGGAUAUACCACUUUUUAUUGGUAUAUAUGGAGAUUUGUUUCCCGGUGUCGAUCUCUUAGUUCCGGAAAGAGACGAACUUAUAAACAAAAUAAAUAUUAACUUAGCUAAAAGGAAUUUACAAAGUACUCCGUGGUUCAUUGACAAAAUAAUACAAGUAUAUGAAAUGGUUUUGGUUAGACACGGGCUUAUGAUUGUUGGUGAACCAUUUUCAGGAAAAACUUGCGCCUAUCAGGUCUUGGCAGAAUCGUUAGGUGAUUUACAACUCGAACGUAAAGCAGUAAUGAAAGAGUUUAAAACCAAUUGUAAAAUAAUCAAUCCAAAAGCAAUUACUCUUGGUCAAUUGUAUGGAUCAUUUGAUGCUGUUUCGCAUGAAUGGUAUGAUGGAGUCUUAGCAAUCGUGUUUCGAGAAUUUGCAAAUAGUGUAUCGAAGGAUCGUAAAUGGAUUGUAUUUGAUGGCCCUGUUGAUGCGGUAUGGAUAGAAAAUAUGAACACAGUGUUAGACGAUAACAAAAAACUUUGCUUAAUGUCCGGAGAAAUAAUUCAGAUGAAUAAUAAAAUGAACAUGGUAUUUGAACCUGCCAAUUUAGAGCAAGCUUCGCCUGCAACAGUAUCUCGCUGUGGUAUGAUUUAUGUGGAGCCAAAGCAACUUGGUUGGAGAUCUUUUUGGUUUUCGUAUAAGCAGGCACUUUGUUCUAAAAUUUUGCCAGACCAACAAAUUAUGAUGGAUCACUUAAUCGAAUGGGUAGUACCUGCAGUAUUUGAUUUCAUACAAAGACAUUGUAGUUUAUUUUUAGAUACUUCUGAAAAUCAUAUGUUUAACUCUUUUACAAGGUUAAUAGAAUGUAUGAUUCAAGAAGAAACUGGAGUUGGAUUCGCAACCAUAAUGUUAGGAUGUAUAAUGAUUUUCAGUUUGGUCUGGAGUUUUGGCUCCUUAAUUAAGAGCGAUAGCCGAAAUAAAUUUGACACAUUUUUAAGGAAACUACUUCUUGGAAAUAUUGAUGAAUAUCCGAAACCCGCUACUUUUAGGUUGACAAAAACAAACCUUUUUCCAGAUACGGGCACAGUCUAUGACUAUGUGUAUGAUUAUAAAAACAACGGCUCUUGGGUCUUAUGGUCUGAAAAAUUGGAAUUUAAAAUGAUCUCACCAGAUGCCAGAAUAAAUGACUUAAUCAUUGAAACGGAUGAAACAGCAAAGCAAAAUUUUUUUCUCCAACUAUUAUUAAAAAAUGAAAUUCCUUUACUGUUUGUUGGUCCCACUGGUACUGGAAAAUCAGCUAUUGUACUAGACUACUUAAUACAUUUGCCAAAAGAAAAUUUUUUAGCAAAUGUUCUAAACUUCUCGGCACGGACUGCAGCUAACACUGUACAAGACAUUAUAAUUUCUAAAUUGGAAAAGCGAAGAAGAGGAGUUUUUGGACCGUCUGUUGGGAAAAAAUGUAUGUUGUUUGUAGAUGAUUUAAGUAUGCCAUUACCGGAAAAAUAUGGUGCUCAACCUCCAAUAGAAUUGUUAAGACAAUGGAUUGAUCAUGGUAAUUGGUAUGAUCUUCAAACUAAAUCAAGAAUAGAUAUACUCGACAUGUUAUUUAUUGGUGCACUUCAACCUCCUGGUGGUGGUUCAAAUCAAGUUACUACUCGUUUCACUAGACAUAUGAAUGCCAUUGGUAUUGAUUCAUUCAGUCAAGAAACUAUGUCCAAAAUUUUUUCUCAAAUUAUGAAAUGGCAUUUUAAUAAAGGAUUUUCCGAGACCAUCACAUUACAAGGAAUUAAUGUUGUAGAAGCCAUAUUGUUUGUGUAUAAAGAAGCAGUCGCUACAUUUUUACCGACUCCUGCUAAAUCUCACUACACUUUCAAUCUCCGAGAUUUCACCAGAGUUAUAAAAGGAAUAUUAUUGUUACCAGCAUCGCGGUGUAAAACCCUUGAAAAGAUUUUCCGACUUUGGGUUCACGAGACAUGGCGUGUAUUUGGUGAUAGAUUAGUACAUGACGACGACCGUAAUAUAUUAUUUGAAAUAAUGAAAACAGCAUCUUAUAGUUGUUUGAGACAACCAAUGGACGUUUAUCUUAGCGAUUUAAUGCCAAUUGAAGAUAGUUUUUUAAAUUCUGAUCAUUUACGAAACCUUUUUUAUGGAAACUACAUGGACCCAGAUAGUGAUAAAAAAAUUUAUGAUGAAGUUCAUAGUGAAAAAAAACUAAUCAAACAAAUGGAGUAUUAUUUAAACGAAUACAACACUAUGUCUAAAAGUCCAUUAUCAAUGGUUAUGUUUAAGUUUGCCAUUGAACACGUGUCUCGUGUAAGUAGAGUCUUACAACAAGACAAUGGCCAUGUGUUAUUAGUUGGGAUAGGUGGCAGUGGAAGACAAUCAGCUACAAAGUUGGCCACAUUUAUAGCCGAUUAUAAAAUAUUCCAAAUUGAAAUAGGAAGGAAUUAUGGUAAAAAUGAAUGGAAUGAAGAUAUGAAAAAAAUAUUAAGAUAUGCUGGAUGCGAAGGAAAUCCUAUUACAUUUUUUUUAUCUGACAAUCAAAUUGCAGAAGAAAGCUUUGUGGAAGAUAUCAAUAUGUUACUUAAUACUGGGGAUAUACCAAAUCUUUAUCAAUCUGAUGAACGAGUUGAUAUUUUAGAUAAAAUAUCUAAUAUUGCUCAAAAUCUCGAGAAAAAUGUUGAAACAACACCUCUUGCUUUAUACAAUUUCUUUAUAGAAAGAGUCAAAGAAAACCUUCAUCUUACUUUAGCUAUGUCACCAAUUGGCGAUGUGUUUAGAAACCGCUUGCGAAUGUUUCCUUCACUCAUUAACUGUUGUACGAUUGACUGGUUUACAGUUUGGCCUGAAGAUGCUCUAGAGAAAGUUGCUGAAUAUUAUUUAAAAGAUAUGUCUAUUAACAGUGAUAUUGCUUCAUCUUGUGUAGUAAUUUGUAAAGAAUUUCAUACGACAGCUAGAGAUGCUUCUGCUAGGUUUUAUUCAGCGUUAAAGAGGCAUAACUAUGUUACACCAACGUCCUAUUUAGAGUUGAUUAAAACAUUUCAAAAUUUACAUAAGAAGAAAGUAGAUCAAAUUACAACUUUGCGUAGUAGAUAUGAAACCGGAUUAGAAAAAUUAGACUUUGCUGCUGGCCAAGUAUUUGUUAUGCAAGAUCAACUUACAGCUUUAAAACCAAAACUUGUAGAAACAUCGUUGGUAACAAAAGCUCUUUUGGUUAAAAUUGAACAAGACACUAUAAAAGCCGAAGCCAAAAAAGAAUUAGUGGGUGCCGAUGAAGCACUUGCUAAUGACGCUGCAGCAGCAUCACAGGCUAUUAAAGAUGAGUGUGAAAGUGAUUUAGCUGAAGCUAUACCAGCUCUCGAAGCUGCAGUUUCAGCUCUAAAUACUCUUAAACCUGCUGAUAUUACAUUAGUAAAAUCUAUGAAAAAUCCACCACAUGGUGUCAAGUUAGUCCUAGAAGCAGUUUGUGUUAUGAAAGGAAUAAAAUCUGAACGUAAACCCGAUCCCAAGGGCUCUGGGAAGAUGAUUGAAGAUUAUUGGGGACCUUCUCAGAAACUUAUUUCAGAUACUAAAUUUUUAGAAAGUUUAAAAACUUACGACAAAGAUAAUAUAGAUCCUACAAUCAUGAAAAAUAUAAGAGAAAAAUAUAUUAGUGAUCCAGCCUUCGAUCCAAUUACUAUUAGAUCGGUUUCUAAUGCGUGUGAAGGCCUUUGUAAAUGGAUACGAGCGUUGGAUGUAUAUGAUAAAGUAAAAAAAGUUGUUGGACCUAAACAAGAAAAACUUCAUCAAGCGGAAUUGGACUAUAACGCUCAAAUAGAAACACUUAACGAGAAAAGAGCUGAACUUGCCGAGGUAUUGGGCAAGCUUCAGACAUUGCAAGAUGAACUUGCAAAAAAAACUAAAGAGCAAACAGAAUUAGAAGAUAAUAUUGAACUAUGUUCUAAAAAAUUGACCCGAGCUGAACAAUUAAUAAAUGGACUUAGUGGAGAAAAACAUAGAUGGAGCCAAACAGCUCUAGAGUUGCAAUCAACCCUGGAUAACGCGAUUGGUGAUGUAUUGUUAUCUGCUGGUGUUGUUGCUUACCUUGGAGCAUUUACUGUUGACUUUAGAAAUGUACUUAUUGAUGAAUGGAAUCAAAUGUGUUUGAAAACAAAUAUUCCUUGUUCAAAACAGUUUUCACUAAUACAUACAUUAGGGGAACCAGUAUUAAUUCGGGAAUGGAAUAUAUUUGGACUUCCGGCUGAUAAUUUUUCAAUUGAAAACGGGAUUAUUGUUUUUAGUGCUACGAGAUGGCCUCUAAUGAUUGAUCCCCAAGGUCAAGCAAAUAAAUGGGUAAAAGCUAUGGAAAGUACAAACAAAAUUUCUGUAAUCAAAUUGACAAAUUCAAAUUAUAUGACUUCGAUUCAAUUAGCCAUUGAACAUGGUUUACCAAUUCUCUUAGAAAAUGUACAAGAAGACAUAGAUGCUACACUUGACCAAGUACUACUGAAAAACAUCUAUAAGCAAGGCGGAAUUGAAUACUUGAGAUUUGGCGAUAAUUUGUUGGAAUAUAAUCAUUCGUUUCGAUUUUACAUCACAACACGACUUAGAAAUCCUCAUUAUUUGCCUGACAUAUCUGUUAAAGUAACACUAUUAAACUUUAUGAUUACGCCACAAGGGCUUCAAGAUCAAUUGCUUGGGAUUGUUGUUGCUAAAGAAAGACCUCUGUUAGAGGAAAAAAAAAAUGAAUUAAUAGUUGAAAGUGCUAAUAAUAAAAAAUUACUGCAAGAAAUCGAAGACAAGAUAUUAUACAUUCUAUCGUCGUCCGAAGGAAAUAUUUUGGAGGACGAAUCGGCAAUACAAGUUUUAUCUUCGUCAAAAACACUAUCAGUUGAAAUUCAAUUGAAGGAAGAAAUAUCUAUUAUAACUGAAAAAGAAAUUGAUGUAGCUCGUAACGUUUAUAUUCCUGUGUCUAAACACUCUUCAGUUUUAUUUUUCUGUAUCACUGAUUUAAAUAAUAUCGAUCCAAUGUACCAAUAUUCAUUAUCAUGGUUUAUAAACCUAUAUUAUCAGUCGAUUGUACAAAGUGAAAAAUCUGAUGAUAUUGAUGAAAGAAUAAAGAAUUUGAAUGAUUAUUUCACUUAUAACAUUUACCGAAACGUUUGUAGAUCAUUAUUUGAAAAAGACAAACUAAUUUUUUCAUUUAUUUUAACAGUUGGAAUUUUUCGGUCCAAGGGUUUAAUUGACGAUGAAUUAUUUACAUUGUUCCUUACCGAAGGAGUUGGGUUGAAAAAUGAACACCCCAAUCCAGCUUCUAAGUGGUUAAGUGAUAAGUCAUGGGCUGAAACUGUUCGAGCAUCUCAAUUACCAAGUUUAAAUCAAUUCUAUAAAUCAAUUAUCGAUUCAAAUGAUGAGUGGAACUUAUGGUAUGAUUCAAAUAAUCCACAAGACAUACCUAUUCCAGAACCUUUUCAAAAUAUCGAUGGCCUUGAAAAACUUGUGAUUAUAAAAUGUAUUCGUUUUGAUAAAGUAGUUCCAGCUAUUCAGGAAUACGUUGUAAGUAGUAUGGGUCAGAAAUAUGUAGAACCUCCAUCGUUCGACUUAGCGGAUUCGUUCAAAGAUUCAAACUGUUGUAGUCCAUUAAUUUUUAUAUUAUCAGCGGGAACGGAUCCAAUGUCUAGUUUGAUAAAAUUUUCGGAGGACAAAAAAAUUAGCCAAAAUGAUUUAUUAACCAUAUCACUUGGUCAAGGACAAGGUCCAAUAGCUGCAAACAUGAUAAAAUUGGGCUUAGAAACUGGCAAAUGGGUUGUGUUACAAAAUUGUCAUUUAGCUGUAAGCUGGAUGAAAGAACUUGAUCGCAUUUGUAAUGACGAAAUUGUACCCAGUCGUACACAUCUAUCUUUCCGUCUUUGGCUCACAAGUUAUCCAUCUGAGGAUUUCCCUGUUUCUAUAUUACAGAAUGGAAUUAAAAUGAUAAACGAAGCUCCGAAAGGUCUUGGUGCAAAUUUAUUCCGCUCGUAUACAACUAACCCCAUUAAUGAUCCAGAAUUCUACCUCAGUUGUAAGAACCGUUCAGGUUUGAAAACGUUAUUAUUUUCACUGUGUUUUUUCCAAGGAAUUAUUCAAGAACGUCGAAAGUUUGGACCACUUGGUUGGAAUAUACCAUAUGAAUUUAACGACUCAGAUUUGCAAAUCAGCGUGAUGCAGUUAAAUAUGUUUUUAAACGAUUAUGAUGAAAUUCCAUUCAAAGCAUUACUUUAUUUAAUUGGUGAAUGUAAUUAUGGUGGUCGAGUGACUGACGACAAAGAUCGACGUUUAUUGACAUCUCUAUUGUUAAUUUUUUUCAACACAAAUGUUAUCAACAACAGUUCAUACACGUUUUCUGAGAGUGGACUGUAUUACAUACCCAAAGACAUCUCCCUAAGUGGAUGCUUAGAUUACAUUAAAUCUUUACCCAUGAAUCCGCAACCGGAGGUAUUCGGACUGCAUGAGAAUGCUGACAUAACAAAAAAUAAUUAUGAAACUCAAAUGCUGUUGAAUGGAACCAUUUUAACACAAUCUCAAAUCGCAGCCGGAGGUAGUGAUAAAGAUGCAGAUGCAAAAACCGUAGAGCUAGCUAGUAAUAUUGCGAAAAACAUUCCAGAUUUAUUUGACAUAAUCGAAGCAACAAAAAAAUAUCCAACAAUGUAUGAACAGUCGAUGAAUACAGUAAUAAGACAGGAAUUGAUACGUUUCAAUAGAUUAUUGUCAGUUAUAAAAAAAUCCUUAGUGGAUGUACAAAAAGCUAUUAAAGGUAUUGUUGUCAUGUCAUCUGAUUUGGAAGAAUUAAAUACAAGUCUAGUCGUUGGACGAGUACCGGCUAACUGGAUGAAUUAUUCGUACCCCUCAUUGAAGCCAUUAGGUGGUUAUGUUGCAGAUUUAUUACAGAGACUAAAAUUCCUACAAGACUGGCUGGAUAAUGGCAUGCCAGAAGUGUUUUGGCUUUCUGGUUUUUAUUUUACACAGUCUUUCUUGUCGGGUGUGCUUCAGAAUUUUUCGCGCAAAAACAAAAUACCUAUUGAUAAGCUUGGAUUUGAGUUUGAAAUAACAAUAUAUGAACAGGAAAUGGAAUUGAAGGACAUGCCGGAACAGGGUGUCUAUUGCCGGGGCUUAUUUUUAGAAGGGGCUAGAUGGGAUCGAGAAUUACAAAUAUUAAAUGAGUCCUAUCCAAAAAUUCUUUUCGACACGGUUCCAAUUAUUUAAUUUAAACCAGGAAUUAAAUCCGAGUUUGAGAAGAAAAUGUAUUACGACGCUCCCAUCUACAAGACAAGUGCUCGUCGAGGUGUUCUAUCCACCACAGGUCAUUCGACUAAUUUUGUGAUGUUCAUAAACUUUUUAACUGAUCGACAUAAAGAUCAUUGGAUCAAUCGAGGCGCCGCUUGCUUGUGUCAGUUAGACAAUUAAAUAAAAACAGUUUUAUUCGUUUCCAUAAAAAAUUAAUGGGUUCGCUAUACAUA